UUCUCUUUUGCUUUUAUGCUUCAACCUACAGCUGAUGAAGGCGGCGAAUACUGUGAUGAGGAGAAGCCCAGAAUAAAACUAACUGCUCCUAAAAUACCAGAGGGUGAGAAAGUAGAUUUUGAUGACAUCCAAAAGAAAAGGCAGAACAAAGACCUGAUUGAACUGCAGGCCUUGAUUGACAGCCACUUUGAAGCCAGAAGAAAGGAAGAGGAAGAGCUGAUUGCCCUCAAGGAGAGGAUUGAGAAGCGCAGAGCUGAAAGAGCAGAGCAACAGAGGAUCCGGGCUGAGAAGGAGAAGGAGCGUCAGGCAAGGCUUGCAGAGGAAAAGGCACGGAGAGAGGAAGAAGAUGCCAAGAGAAAAGCUGAGGAUGAUCUCAAGAAGAAGAAGGCUCUGUCCUCCAUGGGUGCCACAUACAGCAGCUAUCUGGCUAAGGCUGAUCAGAAGAGAGGAAAGAAGCAAACAGCUAGAGAGACAAAGAAGAAGGUCCUGGCAGAGAGGCGCAAGCCCUUGAACAUUGACCACCUUAACGAAGACAAGCUGAGGGACAAGGCUAAGGAACUGUGGGACUGGUUAUACCAGCUGGAGACUGAAAAGUAUGACUUUACAGAGCAGAUCAAGAAGAAAAAAUAUGAGAUUUUAACAAUGCGUUGCAGGCUGCAGGAGCUUUCCAAGUUGUAAGUACAAUGAACUUGCCUGUGUAACAGCAGCAGCAAAGGCUACCAAAUGCAUGAGCCUGUGGCAUGGUCGGGGCCCGGUGCCAGACAGAAACUGGCACUUGGCUCCAAUGCAGAGAGAAAAGAGAAAUCUGGAUCCUGUGUCUCUCCCUUCCCUUCCUUUUUCUCUCCCCUUCCAUUCUUUGAAAAGAGAUGAGGCGGUAAUUUAGGAAAAGAGUCAGGGUCCCACAGGGAUGUGGUUAAAGAACUGAGCAUGCAACCCAUGCAGAGCAUCUCUAAAAUAAUUCCCUAUCCAAACUUCUGGUAUUGCAUGCAUGGGGGAGGCACCCUGAUGCACCUGGGGUACAGGCAGAAGCUUAGGGAUGUAUGUGUAGGAGCUCGGACUUCACAUAAAAGAAUGGUAUGGGGUUUGGAAAGAUUCUCCACCUUAUGGCACAUGCUUAUCCAGACCCAAAAUAUUGGAGAGGGCUAGAUUAAGGGUGACAUGUCUAUUGGGUGUGGUAAAGGAGGAAUUAAGGCAGUGCCAGGGGAGUUGUACAUGCUACGCUAAUGAAACUUCUGCAUAAAGAAAGAGAUGGGUGGCUGCUGAUGAAAAGCAAGGAGAGGAAGUACAAAGAAUGAGCAAAGUAGAAGGAAAAUGCACAGCUGAGAUGGGAGAAGAAAAGCAGAAAAGCAAAGGGAAGAUGAUAGCAAGAAAAAUGUGAGGAGAAAGAUAAGUAAAAACAGCAAAAGGGAUGAAGGAGACACAAGCAAGGAUGCAAGGGAGAGACAAAGGAAGGAAUUGGGACACACAGGAGUGGAGCUGUUCUUUAGCUCUAGUGUCUGUUGCUCUUUAGUGCUUCAUUGGAGACUGAGUGUUAUAGUCACUAUCACAAGGUUAUCACUGAAGGUAAGUCUGAAGCCCUUGGGUCAAACUGAAGGCAGCUGGUUCUCUUCCACACUUGGGAAAAAUACUCGGUUGCAAAAAAAGAAUUUAAACUGCUACAGCAGAUAUUACAAAUUCCAUGAGUAAGUAUAAAAGCAAGUGAUCUGCUGAUCUUUCCUUCCUUGUGUUGUCCUGUUCCUGCUAACGUUUCAGUCUCUUACUUUGUUUGUUUGCCACGGAAAGACACCAGCCAGGAAAUACCAGUUGUUGCACCAGCUGAAUGUAUAUACUUGUUUUGCACGUGGGGAAUGUCAAGUGCCACUUUAAAUGUUCAAAUGUUGGGUCAUCAGUUCUUGGACUGCAGAGCCAGUGGAGAAUUUUGAAUUACACCAGAAGCAGAAGCGAAGCACAUGUCUUGGCAAGUGCAUUUUUCCACCCCAGGAAAACUAUGUAGAACCCUGACUUGGUUACAAGUGAGGAGGCGAAAGGGCAAAAGAAGGCUCUCUAUCACACCCUAAUUCUUGUGGGCUUUUCCAUACCUGAGCUGGAAGAGUCCCAGGAUUUUGGUAGCAAGUCCAGGACUAUGGGCCAGGACUGAGGUGCUAAGUCAGGCCGUAAGGUGCUCAUCCUGUGCAAGGUAGGUGUUUGCUUUCCUGUGCAUCAGGUCGAAAUAUGCAGCUUACCCAUGGUUAAACAGAGAUGCUCCAUCUUGUAGGACAGAGUCUCUAGCGGCCUGCAGUUAUCAACAGAGCUUGGGAAGGUCUUCACAGCCCCCAUUUCAACCUUUUCCUCUGUGGUUGCUGAAGCCCUCCUCUCUGGACCCUUUAAAAGUCAUCUUCUCUUACUAGAUGAGUGGCUGGGAAGGUGGUGACUGCUGCAAGCUCCUCAUCCCCUGCUCUGCCAGCCAGCAAAGGUAGUCCAGCAGAAUGUGACACCCAUCUUCGAUUCUUGAGGUGCCCACCCAAAGACCACUGAAGCUCUUUGAGCUUACACACUUCCUAAUGUAUAGAAGUAGGGGAAGAGUGAGAAGGCGAGGUUGACACAUAGAGGUGAUGGAGCCAUCCAAGAGCUUUCCAGUUGGCCAGGGUGACACUCAUUCUCAUUCAGUCACCUGCGGUUUGACAUGUGAGUUCAUAUGAGAUUAAUUUUUACCCAUAGGAACUCUUCUAAUAAGGGUUAUAAAAUUCUAGCUCUUCUUUCCCUUGACAUGUGAAACGGGCUUGCAGAUUUAUUGCCAAAGAGCAACAUUUCUCUCCUUCGUGCAAGGGUGAACUUUCAUUUCAAAGGACAAACCCGUACCAUAGGCACCUCUUUCCAGCACUUCAACAGGUAACACUCCCCUCUCUGUGAGGGAACAAGGUUUCUUUAUCUCCAAAAACGC